AUGUUUCAAUAUUUUCAUGAGUUGUGUGAUAUGGGAAACAAGAGAUUGCUUUGUCUGUUGGCAGCACUUGGUGUUAAUUAUUUAUUGUUUCAAUCAAUUUUGGUUCCAUAUGGAAAUGGAAGAGCUCCUUGGUCUUCUGAUUCUUCUGCGUUCAAUUCUAUGAUGAAGAAUGCGAAUAUUCCCAUUAUUGAAGAUGAAAAGAGUAGUUUAGUCUUUGAUGGUGUUUCUAAACUUGGGCUAGAUAGAAAUGGUUUUCACAAUGUUGGUAAAAACAACAGCUUAGAGUUGGAUAAUGUAGGUUCCAAGAAAAGUUUCAUGGCAGUUUUGGCUAAGAACAGUAAGGUGGACUUUCCGGUGAAGCGAUUUUCGGAGACAGAAAGGGGGGUUUCUACAAUUUCUCGGGUGGUAAAAAGUACUACAGUGAAUGUUACUGCGAGAAAGUCGAAGUCCAAUAUGCCUCCUAAGUCAAGAAUGUUAAUACAGGAGAUGAACCAUUUACUACAGCGCCGUCGCGCUUCUUCUCGUGCAAUGAGACCAAGGUGGUCGUCCAAACUUGAUAUGGAAAUUCUUGCUGCAAGGUCGGAGAUCGAGCAUGCUCCUAUCGUAACACGUGAUGCGGAACUUUAUGCUCCGCUUUUUCGCAAUCAUUCUAUGUUCAAAAGGAGCUAUGAACUGAUGGAACGCACGCUCAAAGUGUAUAUAUACAUGGAAGGAAAAAAACCGAUCUUUCAUCAACCUAUACUUAAGGGACUAUAUGCGUCGGAGGGUUGGUUUAUGAUGUUGAUGGAGGAAAAUAAGCAAUUCGUUGUGAAGGAUCCUGCAAAGGCUCACCUAUUCUAUAUGCCCUUUAGUUCACGAAUGUUAGAGUUUUCCGUUUAUGUACGUAACUCUCAUAAUCGGACAAAUCUCCGUCGAUAUUUGAAUGAUUAUACAGAUACAAUUUCAGCAAAAUAUCGUUACUUUAACCGAACUGGCGGCGCUGACCAUUUUCUUGUUGCUUGCCAUGAUUGGGCUCCGUAUGAGACAAGGCAUCAUAUGGAAUACUGCAUAAAAGCGCUAUGCAAUUCUGAUGUAACUCAAGGCUUUAAAAUAGGAAGAGACGUUGCUCUUCCAGAAACUAUGGUCCGGUCGGUACGAAAUCCUCAAAGAGAUAUAGGUGGAAAACCUCCUCAACAAAGAUCCAUUCUUGCCUUUUAUGCUGGAAACAUGCACGGUUAUUUGCGCCCGAUAUUGCUAAAGCACUGGAAAGACAAAGACCCUGAUAUGAAGAUCCUCGGCCCCAUGCCUCAUGGUGUUGCAAACAAAAUGAGUUACAUCCAACACAUGAAGAAUAGCAAAUACUGCAUAUGCCCCAAGGGAUAUGAAGUCAACAGCCCUCGGGUGGUCGAAGCCUUCUUUUACGAGUGCGUACCAGUGAUCAUAUCUGACAAUUUCGUUCCACCGUUUUUCGAGGUUUUAAAUUGGGAUGCGUUCUCAUUAAUACUCGCGGAGAAAGAUAUUCCAAACUUGAAACAGAUACUUCUUUCGGUGCCGGAAGAGAAGUAUCUUAAGUUACAACUUGGUGUCAGAAAAGUUCAGAAACAUUUUCUUUGGCAUACAAAGCCUUUGAAGUAUGAUCUGUUCCACAUGACCCUUCACUCAAUUUGGUAUAAUAGAGUGUUUCAAAUAAAUGUGAGAAAGUAG